AUGGUAGAAACUGACCCUGGGCCCAAGAAACCUCACAAUUGUGAUGUAAAAAUUGACCACCAGCUUAACGGACCAGGUUCCAAAACUACCGAGCUUGGAAUCUCCCCACUAAAGUCUCCAACAAAAUUCGACCCGGAAAAAGGCGGCCACACUGAGAAAGCUGACUUUGAGAAGGCGAUCGAACUAGCCCACUAUGGCCGCUUCCAUUACCUGCUGCUGGCCGUGUGCGGCCUCGUCAGCACCUCAGAGGAGAUGGACGUCAUCUCCAUGUCUUUCAUCCUACCAUCAGCACAGUGCGACCUAGACCUUACCACUCAGACAAAGGGAUGGCUAAACAGCAUAAUCUUCAUCGGCAUGAUGGUGGGCGCGUACGCGUGGGGCUCCGUAGCAGAUACUUUAGGUCGCAAGCGAGUCCUCAUUGCUAUAUCUAUCAUCAACGCCUUGGCCAUCGUCGCUUCCUCCUUCAGCCAGAACUACGAGCUUUUCAUGCUGUUUAGAUUCAUGAAUGGAGCAGCUUUGGGAGGUUCAGGCCCGGUCAUCUGGUCGUACUUCGCUGAGUUCCAGCCGAAGAAAAAGCGUGGUGCUAUGUUGAGUUUUAUGGCUGCUUUCUGGACUCUUGGCAACCUCUUCGUGGCCGGACUCGCUUGGGUUAUCAUACCAAGUGAGAUCGGCGUACAAUCUGGUGCUUUCAUUUACAACUCGUGGCGUAUAUUCUUACUCGUGAUGUCACUGCCAUCGUUUAUAGUGGCUGCGCUUUUAUUCCUUUUGCCUGAAUCACCAAAGUUUUUGAUAUCCACCGGUCGCCAUGAAGAUGCCUUAGAAGUCUUUAAAGGAAUCUAUAUGAUGAACACUGGUAGGAGUAAGGAGGAGUACCCAGUUAAGCAGCUACUAGUAGAAGAGCCGAUGCAUCCUAAACAAGAAAAGCAGAUUGAAGCUAAAGAACCGAAGUCUAAGUUAAGGAGAAUGUUAAGUGAUAUUGUGGAACACAGCAAGCAGUUAUUUGUACCGCCUAUUCUGAAGUUUACGACGAUUUCUAUCACAAUUAAUUUCACUUUCCAUAUUGGGUACUACGGUCUAAUGAUGUGGUUCCCUGAGAUGUUUAACCGCUUCGACGAGUGGUCCCGCACGCACGAUAACGCUGAAGCCGACAUUUGCCAAGUGACAGCUUACGUGACACAAUACGGAACACAUUCUGCAGAAGCUCACUGCGACUCCCACAUAAACUCUGACGUCUUCAUGGAGUCUCUAAUCACUGUUGCUGCAGCGAUACCUUCUAAUAUUUUCGCAGUUCUUGGAAUGGAUAGACUAGGCAGGAAGUUCUUUUUAGUAUUCGCAACGUUCUCAGCGGGCACGUGUUCUGCCGCCAUGUACUUCGUGUACAAUAAGACUAACAACUUGAUAGUCAGCGCCAUCUUUAGUUCGGUAAUAUCUUGCGGCAACGCGUCACUCGACUGUCUCAUCACUGAAGUCUUCCCUACAAACUUACGAGCUACUGGAGUAGCCGUGUCUAUGGUAGCGGCGCGUCUGGGAGGUAUUAUCGGGAACGUGGUGAUCGCCACACUACUGGAUACCUACUGCCCUGCCCCUACCUUCAUCGUAGCUGUGCUGCUGGCCAGCGGCGGUCUGAUGUGCCUCUUCCUGCCCAACACUACACGACAGGCUUUACAGUAA